UAGUUGAAUCAAAACAAUCCAAGAAAACGCAUUUUUUUGCUUGCGCUUGUUUUUUAAAUAGAAAGUUUACGUUAAAGUCGUGUUCUGUAGUGUAAGUUUGAAAUUGACUGCUGUUGGAUAAGAAUUUCGGGAUACUAAGAAACAAACAAUAAAUUUUGCUGCAGUUCUUAACGAUACGUAAAUAUUUGUGCACAGCAGCCAUAGAAGCAGCGGAACGACGAAAAUAGACAUUUUCUAUGCUGCUUGAGCCUACCAUGAGCUAACGCUAGCCGAAGAUGGUCCCAGGUGUGGGCGGAGUGUCACGAGCGCGGUUAUUCACAUUUCUUCUGCUGGCCCUAACGGGAGUGAUAGCACGCGCUCUAGGCAGCCCCGCUCCCAAUUCGAAUGAAGCCCUCAGCGAGCAACAGCAGCACACGCACAGCCAGCAGGAUGAGGGUUUCACGGUUCCCAAGUACCGGUUCCAGUUUGCCCACGCGGUCUACAAUGUGUCGAUACCGGAGAACAGUGUCGGAAAGACGUAUGCCGUGCAACCACCGAACGAAGACAGAAUGGGACUGUAUGUAACCCCCGAGCUAGACGUCAAGUACAAAAUCAUCAGCGGAGACAAGGAUAAAUUUUUCAAGGCCGAAGAACGGUUGGUCGGUGAUUUCGCCUUCCUCGCCAUCCGACUACGCACAAGCAAUGUGGUGCUGAACCGAGAAAAGGGUGACAGCUACCGGCUGGAGGUGAAGGCCACUGCAACCAAGCGGGAAGGCAAGAGUCGGAUAUCACUGGAAGCGGAUACCGUCAUCGACGUCAAGGUGCUGGACACGAACGACCUCAGUCCGCUGUUCUAUCCGACCGAGUACUCCGUCACCAUCUCGGAGGAUACGCCCCUGCACCGCAGCAUUCUCCGCGUCAUUGCCGAAGAUGCAGAUCUGGGCCUGAACGGGGAAAUUUAUUACAGCAUCCUGGACGAGACGGAGCAGUUUGCGGUGCAUCCAACGACCGGUGUCAUCACGCUUACCAGACCGCUACGAUUCACGGAUCGGUCCCUGCAUGAGCUGACGGUAACGGCCAACGACCGCGGCAUUGGCUCGACCAGCCGAAGCCAAGCCAGCAAGGCACGGGUGAAAAUUAAAAUUCGACAGGUCAAUCUGUUCGCACCGGACAUCUAUGUGCAGUCCCUGCCGGACAUUCUGGAGGACUCCAACACCAACAUAUUCGGAAUCGUUCGGGUGGAGGACAAGGACAAGGGCAUUCACGGUCAGAUCAAAAGUCUCGACAUAGUGGAUGGCGAUCCGGAUGGGCACUUCCGCAUCAAACCCACAGCACGGCCGGGUGAAUUCGUAAUCGAGGUGCAUCGACUGCUGGACCGUGAAACGGCCCCGGCUGGCUACAAUUUAACACUGCGUGCAGUGGACCGGGGCAUUCCUCCCCGGCAGAGCUACAAAGUCAUUCCGGUGCACUUGGCCGACAGCAACGACAAUGCCCCGGUGUUCAAUAGGGAAAUAUACGAGGUUUCCGUACCGGAGACUUCUCCACCGAACACUCCCGUUAUAAGACUGAAAGUAACCGACAGGGACGAGGGUAAAAAUGCGCAAGUUUUCCUGGAAAUUGUGGGAGGGAAUGAAGGUGGAGAAUUUCGGGUGAACCCGGAAACCGGGAUGUUGUACACGGCGGUUCCAUUGGACGCUGAGAUGAAAGCGUUUUAUACUCUGACGGUUUCCGCCAUUGAUCAGGGCAACACGGGGACUCGCAAGCAGUCCUCGGCCAAAGUAAAAAUCAACGUUCAGGACACUAACGAUAAUGAUCCAAUCUUUGAAAUAAACAAUAUGACAAUAUGGGUGGACGAAAACGAGCCUGCCGGAACGACGGUAACCAAAGUCACAGCUCGUGACAAGGAUUUAGGCGAGAAUGCAUACAUAUCUUAUAGCAUAGCGAAUUUAAACGAUGUCCCGUUCGACAUCGACCAUUUCUCCGGGGUUGUGAGAACAUCCAAGCUUUUGGACUACGAAAGCAUGCGACGGGAAUAUGUGCUGAGGGUGAGGGCCUCAGAUUGGGGUCUUCCCUAUCGACGGCAAACGGAAAUGCAACUGAUCAUAAAGUUGCGUGACGUCAACGACAAUAGACCCCAGUUCGAGCGGAUUGACUGCGUUGGACGGAUACCACGGUACACGCCGAUCGGGACGGAAAUUUUCAACCUUUCGGCGAUGGAUUUCGAUUACGGUAGUGUAAUGACGUACCGGAUGGUCGGUGGUAACGAGGACGGUUGCUUCAAUCUUGACUCGGGUAGCGGGGUCAUAACAAUCGGUUGUGAUUUGAACGAUAUUGGCGUUGAGUUUCGAGAAAUUAAUGUGACGGCAACUGAUGGGACCCAUUAUGCUGAUACUGCCAGAAUACAGAUCACUUUGGCUCGGAACAAACGUAAUUUGGGUGGAAAUUUGAAGGCGGAGGAUGGAGCAUCGUUUGAAUGUCGCGAGACAGGCGUUCGACAACGGCUGGUUGAUAUUCAGGCUUCAGCGGAGCGAAAUAACAUGCCGGGAAAGGAUAUUAGCAAUGGGGAUGACUUUGCGAUGAUGCCAAGUAGGUAUGGCGAAAACGUCCACGCUCCUGAAUUUGUGGAACUUCCCAUGGAAGUGAAAGUGAAUGAAUCAGUUCCGCUUGGUACGACAAUAACUUGGAUCAAGGCUAGAGAUCGAGACCUUGGCUACAACGGAAAACUGGUUUUCGGCAUAUCUGGAGGAGAUGAUGACUCUGUCUUCCGAUUAGAUCCCGAUAAUGGAGAACUCAAAAUUAUUGGAUAUCUUGACCGAGAACGCCGUGAUGAAUACUUCCUCAACAUAACCGUUUAUGAUCUGGGUAAACCUCAAAAGUCCGCAUCGAAGGUGCUUCCUAUAACUGUGUUGGAUGAAAACGACAACGUCCCAAAGUUCGAAAAAUCCCUCGCAAGUUUCCGUGUGACAGAAAAUGCUCUCAAUGGAACGAUCAUCUUCCGGGUAAAUGCAACAGAUGCCGAUUUGGGGAACAACGCCAAAGUUACCUACAGCAUGAUCACGGACACCAAGGACUUCCGAGUUGAUCCAGAAACGGGAAUCUUGUCGGUAAUUGCUCCGCUAGACCGAGAACGGCAAGAAAUUUAUGAGCUACGGAUUCGAGCAACCGACGGAGGAGGCAACCAAAACACACCGGCCCUUUACUCCGAAGCUCUAGUGCGGGUGACCGUGGACGAUAUCAACGACAAUGCGCCCGAGUUUAGUGUUCAAGAUCUAAAUGUUCGUAUUCGCGAAGAUGUUCCCAAGGGAACAGUCGUCACGGUUGUGUCUGCCAUAGAUUUGGACAGUGGACCCAGUAGUGAAAUCAUGUACAGUUUUGGUGAAAACGGAGACGGUGAGGGUUCUUUUAAAAUCGACAAGCUCUCCGGUACGAUAAGAACGGCCAAGUUAUUGGACUUCGAAGAACGACAAGUGCACAGUUUGGUAGUGAAAGCAAUCGAUCGGGGUACCCCUUCGCUGUCUUCCGAGACAUCGGUGAUUGUGGAAAUAAUUGACGUGAAUGAAAACCGGUAUGCUCCACAGUUCGAGGACUUUGUGCUUACGGGUACGAUAACGGAGAACAAACCGCCGGGGGCGCAUGUUAUGCAAGUGGUGGCCAAGGAUAAUGAUCCACCCGGUCCAGAUUCGAGGGUGAACUAUUCCAUCAAAGGUGGAGACGGACUGGGAAUUUUCGCCAUAGAUAACGAAGGUGUCAUACGGACCAUGGCAUCCCUGGAUCUGGAAUCUAAACCCAACUAUUGGCUGACAGUUUGCGCCCAGGACCAGGCGGUGGUCCCGCUGCACUCGUGUGUUCAGGUUUUCAUCCAAGUUCAGAACGAAAACGACAACGUGCCCCUCACGGAGGAAGCCGUCUACUACCCCUCAGUACCGGAAAGCAGUCCCAAUGGAGUCAAAGUGCUGCAGCUGAUUGCCGAGGAUCGCGACAUCGAUCCACUGCAGCAAAUCUCCUACCGCAUCACCUCGGGAAACCCGGAGGGUUUCUUUGCAAUCAACGGCACUAGCGGUUUAAUUACAACUACUGCCAGGAAGCUUGACAGAGAGAACCAAUCCGAGCAUAUCCUCGAGGUACUGGUGAUGGACAACGGUGCACCCCAGCUUUCUUCCACCACACGUGUCGUUGUGCAGGUUGAGGAUGUGAACGACCACGCUCCCGAGUUUGACCAAAAGCUGUACAAAGUGCAGAUCCCUGCCAACGCCAAAGUGGACCAGGCGCUGUUUCAGAACGAUUACGCAAGUGGAUACGACCACCCCGAAACGGAACCGGCGGAAGUCGAUUUCGGCCUGAUGCUAUCCGAUCCGGACGCCGGGCUGGACGAGGCUACGUGGGAGAGCUACCCGGAGAAAGACUUCCGCGGUCUGCAAGUGGUUCUCAGGGUUCUGGCCACCGAUCAGGACAUUGGCGAGAACGGCCGGGUCACGUAUUCCAUCAAAUCCGGCCGCGGCAAAGCGAAAAAGUUCCGCAUUGAUCCGGACACCGGCAUCAUUUAUGCGGCCAAAAGCUUCGAGGUGGACACCGAGUACGAUUUGAUGGUCCGGGCGGAAGACAACGGCGUGCCGAAGAAGUCCCAGCAGGCGCGCGUCAGCAUCGCCGUCGUAGAAGUGCCCGGCAAGUCGGAAAAUCCGCCGGUACUCAAAACCAUCGACCAGCAUGUGGAGGUGACGGAAAGCGACACUCCGGGCUUCCUGGUGGCGCUGAUUCAAGCCAUCGACAACGAUGGCGAGCAGCUGUGGUUCGACAUUGUCGGUGGGGACGACCGGAAUGAGUUUUACAUCGGACGAGACAAUGGCAACGUCCUGCUGGCCAAAUAUUUGGACUGGGAAACUCAGAAGGAGUACAAUCUGACGAUAAGCAUCUCCGACGGGGUGCACGUUGUUUACACGCAACUGUACGUUUCAGUAAUUGAUAUAAAUGAUCACCGACCGGAGUUUACGGAAUCACUGUACCGUGUAGACAUAUCGGAAAGCAUCGAAGAGGGCACCGAAGUGCUGCAGCUGCACGCCACCGAUGCCGACGAGGAUAAGAAGUUGUUUUACAGCUUACAUGCGGCACGUGAUCCUGUUUCGCUAAAGCUAUUCCGUGUCGACUCGGUUAGUGGGAGUAUUAUUAUGGCGCACAAAUUGGACCGCGAGGCGCUGUCGGAACACGUGUUGAUUGUUAUUGUAAAAGACCAGGGGACCCCAGCGAAACGGAAUUACGCGAAGGUUAUUAUUACCGUGCACGACCACAACGACCAUGCUCCGGAAUUUACGAGCAAAAUUGUGCAGGGCCGAGUCUACGAAACUGCCACAGUCGGUACCAAGGUGGUUCAGGUUUAUGCCAUCGACCGAGAUAUUGGGGACAAUGCCAAAAUUACUUAUUCCAUUGUGAGCGGAAAUAUUGGGAACGUUUUCAGUAUCGAUCCAAACAUGGGAGUAAUUAGUGUUGCGAAAGAUCUUGACAUAAGUGCCCUUUCGGAGUACAUGUUACAAGUCAAGGCUUCCGACAGCGGAAAACCAUCACUUUCCUCACAAAUCCCCGUACAUGUGAUGAUCAAUAUGGCGGAUAAUGCUCCACCGCGGUUUAUCUCCGUUGACCCUGCCGCCGAAAUCUACGAAAACCUGCCAAUAGGAACGUUUGUUAUUCACAUCGAAGCACGAAGCACCUCAUCGCUGCAAUUCGAAAUCAUCGAUGGCAACGUAAAUGACAUGUUCUUUGUCAACCCUUCCACCGGAGUCAUCACCACCAAAGACAUCCUUGACUACGAGACGCACAAGUUCUACAAUCUAACCCUCCGAGCGACGAACAUGGCCUCUGCUUCCGCCGAGUGCUCCGUAAUUAUAAACGUACUGGACAAAAACGACAACACCCCGUACUUCGAGCAGCAAGUCUACAAAGGAGAAGUUUCGGAAGCCGCCCCGAUUGGAUCAUUGGUUCUGACACUGAGCGAUGGUCCAGCGAAUGCAAGUCAAACGGUUGGUCUGGUUAAUGCGUCGCUACCGCUGGUGAUUAAAGCAAAGGACGCCGAUUCUGGGCUGAACUCGCUGCUCCACUACGACAUACUGGAGAUGCUGCCUCGGCGGUACUUCCACAUCGAUUCCAGCACCGGUGCCAUCAAGACCAUCAUGCAGCUGGACCAUGAGAAGAUUCCAUCUUUCAGUUUCCAUGUCAAGGUAACCGAUCUCGGAAAACCACGCCUCACUUCGGAAACGACCGCCGAAGUCCGCAUCACCGUUAACGACGUCAACGACUGCGCUCCGACCUUCUCCCAAAAAGAGUACAACGUAACACUCCUGCUUCCGACGUACGAGAACGUUGCCGUCAUCCAGGUGAACGCCACCGAUCAGGACAGCUCGGAGAACUCCACCUUGCGGUACGACAUCAUUGAAGGCAACCGCGAUGGAGUGUUCAUGAUCGAUUCCACCAGCGGUGUGAUCACCACGCGGGACGUAGAAAGCAUUGGAUCGUUCUAUCGGUUGGGUGUUCGCGUUUCGGAUGGCAAGUUUUCCAAAGUGGCUUAUGUCAGUAUCAGCGUGGAAACGUCCGACAAUUCGGGACUGAUCUUCCAGAAAUCCAUCUACGAAGGCUCAAUACUGGAGAACAGCACCAAAAUUACCACUGUGACGGUGGUGAAUGUGAUAGGAUCGAACCUCAACGAACACAUUGAGUUUAGCAUCUUGAAUCCAACUGAUAUGUUCAAAAUUGGUCUCACUUCCGGGGCGAUUCAGACCACAGGGAAAAAGUUUGACCGUGAAGUGCGCGAUAACUAUGAACUGAUAGUGGAAGCACGGUCUCAGUUACCGGAUCGUGAAAAACCGCGCGUGGCCCACGUCAUUGUGAACGUUACAAUUCUGGACAUCAACGAUAAUUGUCCAAUGUUUGUGAACCUACCCUAUUACGCAGUAGUAUCGGUUGACGAUCCACGCGGCUCGGUAAUAACGAAAGUACAUGCACUUGAUUUGGAUAGCUUCGAAAAUGGUGAAGUGCGCUACGAAAUGAAAAGAGGCCACGGUGAACUUUUUAAAGUGGAUCGCAAAACCGGCGAAGUUACACUGAAGCAAACCCUGGAGGGGCACAACCGGGACUAUGAGCUGCUGAUAUCCGCUUACGAUGGUGGAAUUACUCCGUGCUCCACGGACGUUACGGUGCAUGUGAAGGUGAUUGACAAAUCGAUGCCGGUGUUCAGCAAGCAGUUCUACUCGGACACGGUGCCGGAGAACAUCGAACUGCACUCGCCGAUCUCGGUUGCGAUCCAGGCAGAAAGUCCACUGGGUCGGAAGCUCAUCUACAGCAUCGUUAAGGGUAACGAGAUGGAGGAGUUUGCAGUUGAUUUCAACACAGCGCCCGACAGUACAAACGGUCCAUGUGCGAUCUACGUGGUGGACGAGCUGGACUACGAGCAGCGGCAGAGUUAUGAACUUUUAAUUAGAGCAACGGACAGCGUGUCGGGCGUGUCGGCGGAAGUACCGGUGUCGGUCCUGGUGCAGGACGUCAACGACUGUCCGCCGGAGAUCGAGCAGGACAGUUACAACAUCACCGUUUCCGAGCGGGCCCAGUUCGGGACGGCGAUUCUGAAGGUGCAAGCCAAGGAUAAUGACACCGGUAUCAACCAAGUGAUCACAUAUGCUCUGCAAACCGACUCAAAAAACACCUCCGAGUACUUCCACAUGGAUCCAACCGAUGGUGUUAUCUACCUGAAGAAAUCACUCGACCACGAAACCCUCAGCCAUCACCAUUUCACUGUGAUAGCAAGCGACAAAGGCGUCCCAAGUCUCAGUUCGACCGCUCACGUGUGGGUUUCCGUCAUGGACAUGAACGAUAAUCCUCCGAAGUUUGAACAACCAUCGUACACCUGCGUUCUUUCCGAACAUGCCACCCGUGGACAGUUUGUCACCGUGGUAUCCGCUUCCGAUCCGGACUACAUCGAUCACGAUCGUCUCACCUACACCAUUGCUCAAGGCAACGAGCUGCAAACCUACGACAUCAACCCGGUCAGUGGUAUCAUCACCCUGGUUAACAUGCAGAACUUUGCCGAAAAGCACGUCACCAUCUUGAACGUUUCCGUCACGGACGGAGUGUACACCAGCUUCACCAGAGUGAAGAUAUCCAUCCUCCCUGCCAAUCUCCACAACCCCACCUUCGAGCACUUGUUCUACGAUGUCAAGGUGAACGAGAACCAACUAGCUGGCCGACUGGUGACAACGGUCAAAGCAGAGGAUAAGGACUUUGGAGAGUUUGGCCGACUAUCCUACUACAUCAUAUCGGACGAAAUUCAGGAGUAUUUUUCGAUCGACAAGGACAAGGGAGAGAUCGUAACCAAGAAGAAGCUUGAUCGAGAGGAAAGAAAGCUUUACGAGGUGCCUGUUAUGGCCAUCGACAAUGGGGGUCGGGCUGGGUUCACCACGGUUAGGGUGAACGUUGGUGACGAGAAUGACAACGCGCCGGUGUUCCUUCUUCGCGAAUACAAAGCGUUGAUUCAGGGCAACCUGACCAUCAAUACGACAUUCUUCCGAGUGAAGGCACUGGAUUCCGAUGACAAUCAAAAUGCAGUGGUCAAGUACUCUAUCUUCGAUUCGCAAAAUAGUGGCAUAAAGGAACUGUUUGGUAUUGAUGAGAACACUGGAGGAAUCUAUCUACAGAAAAGUGCUGUUCAAUGGGAAAAUCAGCUCUUCCAAUUCUUCAUUCGUGCUAACGAUGGCGGAAUUCCAUCACUGUAUACAGAUGUACCAAUUGACAUCUACAUCAUGAGUUCCGCGGACAAUCCUCCAGUCUUCGAAAAGAAAGAAAAACUUCUCUUCCUUUCCGAAAGUUCUCUUCCAGGAACAGUCAUAACAAGGCUGAAACUUUCCGGAAACGUAACUGCCAGGUAUCGCAUUCUUUCAGAUGAAAUUGAAGAACCUCAGUUCUCCAUCAACAACGUUGGAGAGCUGAGAUUGGCCAAAACACUUGAUCGAGAAGUGAAAGAUGUUCAUCUGAUCGCCAUUCUUGCGGAGACAGAUUCAAGCCCUCCACUGACCGCCGUUACGGACGUAACGCUUCACGUUCAAGACGAAAAUGACAACACUCCUAUCUUCGAAAGCAAUCCGUACUCAUUCUCCUUGGCAGAGAACAUCGAAAAGGGAAGCUCUAUCAUGAAACUAACCGCACGAGACUCAGACAGCGGUUCCAACGGAGACGUUCGCUAUUCGCUUUCCGCCGAUGUCGGAGACAUUGUAAACAUAUUCGAUAUUGACGCCUACACAGGAUGGAUCACUACUCUUGUCCCGCUGGACAAGGAAAAACGCGAGGACUACAAAUUCCAAGUCAUCGCCACCGACAAUGGUCAACCGAAACAUUCCACACGCACAACUGUCAUAAUUCGACUGAAAGACUACAACGACUGCCCUCCGACAUUCAAAGAAUCUCACUACAAAGCUAGCGUGAGUGAGGAUGCGCUUCCCGGAACGGUGGUACUACAGAUAGAGACUACCGACAAGGACGUCGAUUUGAAGACCAACAUCGAAUACUACAUCAUUUCCGGUGAUCCCCUCUCUCAGUUCCAAAUCAAGAACACUGGUGAAGUGUUCGUAGUGAAGGCACUGGAUCGUGAGAGUAUCUCACAAUACGAACUGGGCGUCAUUGUUACCGACGGGAAGUACACAUCAACAGCGAACAUCUCGGUCACGGUAUUGGAUGCCAACGACAAUCCUCCUUACUGCUUGAAGUAUCGAUAUCGAGAGCAGCUAAGCGAAGGAGUUCAUCCGGGAACGUUCGUUUUGCAAAUUCUGGCGAACGACAUUGACGAACCAGCAAACAGCAGAUUAAGAUUCUACCUCACUGGCGAUGGCGCUGAAGACUUUAACCUUGAUAAAGACUCAGGACAACUGAAAACGGCCAGGCAGCUCGAUCGUGAAGCACAAGCGCGAUUCCACCUCGUUGCGCAUGUCCAAGAUCGUGAUCACCCGGGAUGGGAAUGCUCAUCGCAGAUAGAAAUCACCAUCACUGACUUGAAUGACAAUCCUCCAGUGUUCUCAAUGAACCCCUACAGUGUCACGCUUCCCGAAGAUGCCGAAGUUGGAACGUUGGUUACCAAAAUCCAUGCAACAGACGCAGAUAUUGGCACUAAUCGCAAAAUCAAAUAUUCGUUCAUCGAUUCCUAUCGCGAUCAUUUCAGAAUAGCGCCUGAAAGUGGAAUCGUCACCUUGGCAAAACCACUGGAUCGAGAAGUUAAAGCUGUAUACAACCUGACUGUUCGCGCCACAGAUCAAGGCAAACCAUCGCUCUCCAAUUCGGCAUAUCUGGUGAUAAACGUACAGGACAUCAACGAUAACCCGCCAGAGUUUACUUCCAAGCAUUACUUUGCUUCCGUGUUUGAAAACAGCUCCAUUGGCACUGAAGUUCUGAGAGUUUUGGCAACCUCCAAAGAUACAGGAGUUAACGCAGAUGUCUACUAUUCCAUAAUCGGAGGCAAUGAACACCGCAAGUUUGCUAUGAACAAUAUCACAGGAGUACUGUAUUUGUCCGAUACGGUAGAUUACGAACGGGCCAAGGAUUACUUCCUGACGAUACAGGCAGUGGAUGGUGGAAUUCCCCCUCUCAGUAAUUUAGCCACGCUCAACAUCUCAGUUGCCGACUGUAAUGACAAUCCGCCGCAGUUUACUGCAAACGCCUACACUGCAACGAUACGAGAAGAUGCACAGAAAGGCGACAAGAUGCUUCAGAUACGAGCAAACGAUAUGGACUCGGGCGAGAACAGCCGAGUUAGCUACCGAAUAGAGCGCGGUGAUCGAAUGGGUCAGUUCGCUAUUGAAGAAGACACUGGCUACAUCUCUGUUGCUGGUACGCUUGAUCGAGAAUCCAUAUCCAGCUACGUUCUGGAGGUUGAAGCACGAGAUAAUGGAAUCCCCUCGUUGGCCGCCUAUGUCUUGGUGAACAUAGAAAUUUCUGAUGCGAACGAUAAUCCACCUUUGUUCACCAGUAAGAACUAUACAGCAGUGGUGCAAGAAGAUAAGCAGAUCGGUUUCACACUGCUGAAGUUUGAAGUCACAGACGCUGAUACAGCCCCCAAUGCCGCUCCUUAUACAUUCGAUGUCCGCUCGGGUAAUGAUGGUGGUGCGUUCCGUAUUGAACAAGAUGGAAUCCUCCGAACAGCAUCUCGUUUCAACAGCAAAAUCAAGGACUCGUAUCUUCUGGAAAUUAGGGUAUUCGAUAACGGAUCGCCUCCACUGUACUCGGAUACAUGGGUUUCUAUCAAAGUCAUCGAAGAAUCUCAAUACCCACCGGUCAUCACUCCACUAGACAUUGCGAUCAACUCCUUCCAUGACGAAUAUCCAGGAGGAGAAAUCGGAAAGGUGUUCGCCACCGACCAAGACCAAUACGACACUUUGACAUUCUCACUGGCGCCAACCGCUGGGGUGCUGUAUUCUCCGAUGAACUUGUUCAACAUAUCCCGCAACGAUGGUGUGCUGCACGCAUUCCCACGGCUGGAUGUGGGCGACUAUCGAAUUAACGUUACUGUUUCCGACGGCAAGUUCGCUUCAUUCACCAUAGUAAAAGUCGCCGUGGAGCUCAUCACCGACGAGAUGCUUACAAACGGUAUCGUGAUUCGCUUCACCAAGAUAAGCCCCGAAGCGUUUAUUCUAAGUCACCGCAAGGGUUUUAUCCGUUCUGUUCGCAAUUCGAUGGGCUGCAAGAUUAAGGACAUCAUCAUCAUAUCCGUUCAAAAGUCAAACGAUGAUAUCAAUCUGAUUCAUCAUCGUUUGCGAAGAGAUUCGGGACUGCAGAAUGUUACCCAGGGAUACGAAAAUACCCGAUUCAGACGAGGCACGCUUAACGAUUUAGACGUAUUGUUCACCGUACGGAAAGGUGCCCAAGGUUACUAUUCGGCCUACGAAAUCCGCAAGGCUAUCGACGAUAAUCUGGAAGAGAUUGAGGACGCCACUAAGCUACAAAUAGACGAAGUUGUCAAAUCGAAAUGUCUUCCAAACUUCUGCAUCCACGGGGAAUGUGAAGACAAGCUGAUGCUUGAUCCGAAAAUGGUCAAUCCCAUUUCGACCGAUGUAACGAGCUUUGUUUCGGCUUUGCACAUAAACAAGAUGGAAUGCAGUUGCAAGGAAGGUUACGGGGGUGACAAAUGUCAACACGCAGUGAACGAGUGUUCCAAGUCGCCUUGCCCGAACUACAAGAACUGUGUCCCAGAUUCGUCAGACCAAGGAUAUCACUGCAUUUGUCCGGAGGGAUUCGCUGGGCCAAAAUGUGAUCGAGACAUCAGUAAGUGCAACGAUGAAACGUGCUACACUCCAAGGAAUCCGGUUUCGUUCAGCGGUAAAAGCUACGCACAGUACCGGGUGGAGAAGGAGAUCGCUAAAAAGAACUUGGAGGAUCAGCUGAUGUUGAGUUUACGGAUUAGAACGGUGCAGCCAACUGGAAACAUUAUGUAUUCGGCGGGUAAGAUCGAUUACAAUAUUUUGGAGAUUGUGAAUGGAGUGGUUCAGUAUCGGUUCGAUCUGGGAUCCGGAGAGGGCAUGGUGAGCGUUACGAGCAUUUUCGUAUCGGAUGGGUUGUGGCAUGAGGUGCGGCUCGAACGUGAUAGCAACAGCGCACGAGUAAUCGUAGACAACAAGCAUGUGGCGAGUGGCAAUGCUCCAGGCGUGAAUGGCGUACUGAAUCUACAGUCCGAUGAUAUAUUCUUUGGUGCUGAAGUAAAGCAACAUCCAACGGUGCUUGGAUUUGAGGACAUCCAGCGAGGCUAUAUGGGUUGCAUGGAUGAUAUCAAACUGUCUAAGGUUCCAGUUCCGCUACAUAUGAAUGGUGCUAGUUCUGUUGCCAGUCUUCGCCGAUUCGCCAACGUAGAGUUCAGCUGUGAUGCUUCGUCCAUUCUGGUGCCUCUGGGAGUGUGUGGAACUCAGCCCUGCUGGAAUGGCGGAACUUGUACGGAUAUUGGAGCUGGCAAUUUUGAAUGUUUGUGUCACUCGAGAUUCUCAGGUCCGUUUUGUAAGGAAGAUCUUGAUCCAUGUGCCUCAUCACCUUGUUUGUAUGGAGGCAAGUGCUUUAAGGCGGGAGCAGGCAAUUACACAUGCGACUGUCCUGCCAGGAUGUCGGGCAAACGUUGUGAUUAUGGACGGUUCUGUACACCAAAUCCGUGUCGAAAUGGCGGUGUAUGCGAGGAGGGUGACGAUGGGCCAUUGUGUAUGUGCAGAGGCUAUACUGGAUUGACGUGUGAAAUCGACAUUGAUGAAUGUGAAAAACAACCCUGCGGCAACGGAGCCACGUGUAUCAAUGAAGCUGGAAGUUUCCGAUGUGUAUGUCCUCCUGAGACAACUGGCACAAGCUGUGGAGACCCAAUGAAUUCCUUCCCCCUGAGAAUUCCAUUCAAUAAAGUAACGCAAGAACAAUGGAUCAUUGUUGGUUGCAGUAUGGUCAUUCUUGCGAUAUUGGUCAUUGUGAUAUGGGGAGUUGUCUGUGCCUGUCGGAAAAAGAGACGAAGGCAUCGACACGAAAAGAUAAACAAUGAUCCCAAGGCGAUGGUACUCAACCCUGUUUCCGAUUCGCAGUACAAACGAACUUCCAAAAUGAGCAAUCUGGAGAUUAUGCAAAGAGAAGUGCAGAGACCCGUAUCCUACACUCCGAGCAGCAACAACGAUCACGCAUACACUUGCAGCGCAAUGAUGCAGUAUAACAAUCUGGACACACUGAGAAGUUACGGUUCUGCUGGCGAUGAGCUCGAAAAUGUUCCUCCCGAGUACCGGAAAGCGUCAUGUCGCCCCAACCAGCAGAUGGUCAAUAUCAACAACGGGCAUCCCUCGAGCGACACCGAAUCGCUGCACAAGCAGAAGUGGGCCGAUCAGAUCCACAUGCAAACCUUCACCGACAACAAAAUCAACAACGAUCUUAAGCGACUCAGUCCAAUCUCAUCGCUGGACUCCCACCGAUCGCUUUCGCUGAAACAGCAACAGACGGGCAUUCUGCCAGGCCGACUGCUCAGCAUGCCGCACUCGCCGACCCACAUGCAGCCACCGCACAGUUUCGAGGACUCGCCGGGGCUGUCGCAGGGUGCCUACCACUGGGACUGCUCCGACUGGGUUGGCCGGGGACAUCAUCCACUGCCAAACAUCACCGAGGUCCCGGGCAGCGAGGUGCCCGACUCAUCCAGCUUCCACAGCAACGAGAGCAACGAGUCGCACCCGAAGAACAACUUGUUACCUCCAAUUCUUGGACCGGUGGACCCGGUCCGGGACAUCGAAACGCUGAACGAGGACAACGAGUCCGAGUUUGUGGACGACUCCGAGUGUGACCAGAGCGAGCAGCCGCUAUCGUUGGGCUUCGAGCAAAACACUUCCAUUCCAUGUCUGAAUCCUCUCGAUAGCGGCAGUGAGGACUACAGAUUCAAUACAGUGCCUUUAAAAGUUAAUACACCUGAUAGUUAUGUACGACACCCGAACAGCUACUUACCCAAGUACAACAUCCAGAGUGAAACGGAAGGUGAGAGUGCCCCGCUGACAGGUGUCGGUAGCCGCAAGCCGUUGAACGGGCUUGAGAUCGGUCCCCAUCAGCUUGUGGAGUCUGACGACGAGGACAUCCAAGCGUACGGUUUCUCACAGAAGCGACGCAACCGUCGAGAACCAAGUGAUAUCGACCUCGUUCUACAUAGUGGAGGAGAAGGAAGUUCCCUACUUAGCCAUCCCCGUAAUCUGAAUAGCUUCAACCAUUCGAAUAGCGAUCUAUCGACGCACUUGUGCGAAAUUGACGAUUCCGAAUACGAACAAGAGCAACCACAGCGACAGACGCACCAACAGAUGCAGCAACAUCAGUCCACUUCAUCGCUUUCGUCCGGUGGGCCAUCCCGGCCCAGGCAGAACAAGGUCAAGUGGGCCAACACCGUGCAGCAAACGGAGGUCUGACAGCAGCUCGUCGGCAGCGACCAUUUAGUGCUAAACGUCAAGACUAACUCUAGCAUUAGUACACUUGUGAAACUGUUUUCUAGGUUAACUUAUUUUAUUUAUUUUAACGUGAAACUCUCAUAAUAGCUACUUGGUGUCGUGGAAACAUACAUUUGUGUUAGAACGAUUUAUUCAGUUUUACCAUAGGAAGUUACGUAAUCGAAAAUCAAAAUUUUUAAUUAGUGAUCUCUCUAUUUUGUCACAAAUCAAGCAUUUUUACAACUGGAAAUAGUUUUUGAUUCCCAGGAAAAUCAUCAACACGUGAAUGAGAAAGCAGACAUAAUUACAUAAGUAGGAUAAAGAAUUUACAAAAACCGAACUUUGUAUAAAAUAGCAUCAGAUAGAUUAAUAGGAAACUCACUUAAGCCUAUCUUGGGUCGAGGCGCGUGAUGAAAAUCAUUCACAAAACGGAAGAGACGAACAACUUUUGAGAUUAGUAAAUCAGUAAAAACGAACUCUCACACUUUAUCAAUACACAAAAAACGGAUCACGGAAAACAAUAGCAAAAACAAACAAAAACAGAUUGUGUAAGAUAGUAAUUGUUUAGAAAAAAAAAGUUGACUCGAAAUGCAGCUAGCAGAUAGAAAAUUCGUAAAUUUAAAAACCAUUGUAAAAUAAUGAAUAUUGGCAAAACAAACGGACUCUAGGUCUAAGGUUUUCUUUGAAAAUUGAAAAGUCUAUAUAGAGGAUAAGAUUUUUUAUUGCGCAGGUACACUGUUCGAAAGAGAAUACAAUCAAUGACUGAUACAAACAGAAAACAAUUUGAUGUGAAGAAACAAACUAUUUUAUAUUUCACAGACUUCAAAAUAUCAACACGCUCGAAGAAAGAUUUCAAAUCUGUUUUUAAGGGAAUUAAUUUCCGGCUAAGUUUUCCAUAAUUACACAGAAACACUAAUGUAACGAAAAAUAAGGCGUAAUUUGGGUAUGUUUUUUUAUUGGGGGAAGCCCAUCAACCAGUAUUCAAUUUAUUCUAACUUUCUGCUAUUCCUCCAUAUUUAAUUCUCAACUUUAAAAAAACUACUGUCCAUAUCUAUCCCAAUGUGAAAUCCCUUGUUUUGUUUUACUUGAAUUUGUGUCUUAUCUCAUUUGAAAUUUAUCUCACGUUGCAACUUUUAUUCUGCCCUAUGCUUCAAAUAAAAACUAAAAACGCUCUGUUAAUUCUGUGGUGCUCUACUUACAACUAGAAACUACGAAACUAUAUCGAAAGCUCACUGUCUACUUACCAUUUCUUUCGACAUGCCCUAAUGUAUAUUCUAUACUGUGUCGUAAUAGCAUUAAGUUGUAGGUCAAACGUUAAAUGCCAUUAGACCUAUCUCCCUAUUUGGUAGCUAUUUUUUCCAUACCCGUAUUACCCCCCAAAGCGGAGCAAUAGGGUUAAAUUGUAAACGUUUCAUUAAUUAAUUUAUCGUAAUCAUUUCGUAAUAAAAUGACAGGAACAAAUGAGAAACAUAAUACUACUGCAUCAUUGAGGGACUCAAAAUAUCAAAAUCGAAAAAAAGGAAACCAGCGACGAUGGAAAACUAUUUGGCAUACGGAAUCGUUUUGUUUGCAAUCCUAAAAGGUUUAAACGAUGUUUAAAUAACAUUUACUUCGGAUUCACGGUGCUGAUUUAAAGGACAUCUGAAAGCAUUGAAUAUCAUCUAAUUUGGAACACAGAUAUGAGAACUAUCACACGAAGAAAAAAAACCGGGAGCCCAUUAUGAGCGAAAUGAUCGCAAACGCUCGCCGGAGAAUGCAUUUACAGAUCAUGGUAGUUAAUAGGACAUUUUUAUGUAUUUGUUUAAAAAGAAAAAAAUGGAAAUCCGAAAAAUUAUUUAACAUUGAAAAAAUAAAGAAUCUGAAAAAAAAUGAAAUUUUCUAAUAAAAACAA